UUGUGAUGGAGGGGAGGGGUUCUUAGCUAGAUUGAUAGAGUAGAGUAGAGAGAGAUUGUUUGUGAUGGAGGGGAGGGGUUGUUAGCUAGAUUGAUAGAGUAGAGUAGAGUAGAGAGAGAUCGUUUGUGAUGGAGGGGAGGGGUUGGGUUCCUCUUAACUAGAUUGAUACAGAAAGAUUGUUUACAGAGAGGUUCAUCUUGUCGAGACGGGAGCAUGGCAUUAGUAAAAGAAGGGUUGGAUCUGGCGGGGAUGAGCGUUGAGCAAUUGAAGCUUGUGAAAGAGCAGGCGGAUAUGGAGGUUGGCCUUCUCCAAGACUCUCUCUCUAAGAUCAGGACAGCCGCCACUCGUCUCGAGAUCGCCUCCACCGCCCUCCAUGACCUCUCUCUUCGUCCUCAAGGGAAGAAAAUGUUGGUACCCCUCACUGCAUCCCUCUAUGUUCCUGGAACUCUCGACGAUGCUGAUAAAGUCCUUGUUGAUGUCGGCACUGGCUACUUCAUUGAGAAAACAAUGACUGAAGGGAAGGAUUAUUGUGGUCGCAAAAUCAAUUUGUUGAAGUCUAAUUAUGACCAACUUGUUGAGGUUGCUUCCAAAAAGAAGAGCAUGGCAGAUGAAGCCGGUGUGUUACUACAAGCUAAGUUGAGGCAGGCAGCCUCUACUUCAUAAGGAGCUGGAGAUUUAAGGUUCUGUUUGAAGCUUGGGUAAAUCUUUUUGGGUAUUUCAGUAUCUUGUAUGAUAUUUCUUUUUAGGAGUAGGCAUGAAAAAUUUUGAUUUUGUGUUGAUGGAUUUUAGUGUCUGCAAAAAACUCAAGGAGCUAGAGUUGACAAAUCCUUCUUGUUCAUGGGUUAAGAAGUACACAACUAUGAUUUAUGUUUAUCGGACAUUGCUUCUAUUUACAGGUUACUCCUUAGGGAGCAUGCUAUA